UCGUAGGGGAGCGGCCGCGGCGCGCGCACGUCUCUUGAAGACACCCUCGAUGAAUUCUACCCCGUUCACUCGCACUCCAUCGUUCAAACCGCGAUUCGGGGCGGAGGGCGGCCGGAUAUCCAACGGAAAUAAGCAGCCUACCCGGGUCGCCGUUCGGCCGCGCCCGAUCGCCCUCGCGAUGGCAUCGGACCAUGGCCGGGGAGGCGCCGCCGCCGAUGGCGGUAUCAACAACGCCGCGGGUCUCGGGCUUAGGGCGUCGCUGGAGGAGACCACUGCCGACGUCGCCUGCAAGGAUUCCCAGUCUCUGCCUCGGCCUCUAUCCAUAUCUGAUGUCUCUGGUUCGGUUAAUGGAUCGAGAUUUCGCGUUGCGUACCAGGGGCUCCCGGGUGCAUACAGUGAAGCUGCGGCAGCCAAGGCGUAUCCAAAUUGUGAAGCGGUUCCUUGCGAGCAGUUUGAUACUGCCUUUGAUGCUGUUGAACGUUGGCUUGUUGAUCGGGCAGUUCUACCUAUUGAAAAUUCACUAGGUGGUAGCAUCCAUCGUAAUUAUGACCUUUUACUUCGCCAUAAUUUGCACAUUGUCGGGGAAGUAAAAUAUGGAGUUCGGCAUUGUUUACUAGCUAAUCAUGGAGUGAAAAAGGAAGAUCUGAAAAGAGUUCUCAGCCAUCCUCAGGCCCUUGCACAGUGUGAGACUACGCUUGCAAAAUUAGGGGUUGUCAGAGAAUCUGUAGAUGACACAGCGGGAGCUGCAAAUUUUAUUGCUACCCACAAACUCCAAGAUGCAGGGGCUGUUGCCAGUUCAUUAGCCGCUGAAAUAUAUGGACUGGAUAUCCUUGCCCGAGAUAUUCAGGAUGACUCCGACAAUAUUACUAGAUUCCUGAUGCUGGCACGGGAACCCAUUAUUCCAGUAAUUGAUAGACCUUUUAAGACAAGCAUAGUUUUUUCUCUCGAAGAAGGCCCGGGUGUGCUUUUCAAGGCACUUGCUGUUUUUGCUUUGAGGGAUAUCAACCUUACAAAGAUUGAAAGUCGUCCCAGGAAGAAUAAGCCAUUACGCAUAACUGACGAUGGCAGCAACGGACCUUUAAAGUAUUUCGACUAUCUCUUCUACGUAGAUUUUGAAGCAUCAAUGGCUUCACACAAUGCCCAAAAUGCCCUUAGGCACCUGAAGGAAUUUGCGACAUUCUUGAAAGUCUUGGGGAGUUAUCCUAGGGACAUGAGUGAGGCAUGAGUUACCGUGUUCGGACGAUGGGCACUAUGGUAAUGGCAAUCAGUUCCUAGAUGAAAGUUGUAGACAGUUUUGCAAUGAGAAAAUCAUGUUGUUAAUGAUUGAGUUUUAGCUAUCAUACUUUUUAUUUAAAUGUUUAUUAAAAGAGACAUGUCCUUUGCACUGAUAUACUAUGGUUUCAGACCACUACUACCUGGAAGCUUGCUUAUGAAAAAAUAUGCAGAACUAUGGUAUCUACUGAAUAUUUACUCUUCUUA